AGAGGCAGCUGUGCGUUUUUUGUUUUUUUUUUCUUGAGUGUGUUCUUGACUCGUCGAGCAGCAGGAGGACUUGAAAACUUCACCGCCUUCAGCAGGAGACCUUCCACCGGAGAAUUUGGCCGAAUUUUUUUUUUUUUGUCUCCCGGAGCCGAAGCAGCAGGCAGCUUGUUGACCGCCAGAGAAGGACCGGUCCGGUUCUCAGCACUGGAACCAUUUCCGCCAACAUGGAUGAUUUAGAUGCUUUGUUGGCGGACCUUGAGUCCACAACAUCCCACAUCUCCAAGCACCCACUUUUCCUGUCUGACGAGACCGCCUACUCCUUCCCUGUUGGGACUCAGGGCCAGCCAGAAAUCUGCUCUCCUCCCCAAGCACCACCAACUCCCUCUGAGCGAACUCUAAACGGACUUGAUGAAACAGAGUCCUUCAGCUCAGCUCAGAGAAGUCCCUGGUCUAGAGACAGCAGCAGUCCGAGCCAACCCAUUGGUGAAGAGGACCACGUAUACAGUUUCCCUAAUAAGCAGAAGAGUAGUGAGUCAUCAGCUGUUGCCAUGAACUCAUCGUUGGGCAGCAACCUGUCUGAGCUGGACCGCCUGCUGUUGGAGCUGAACGCUGUCCAGCAAAGCACCCCAGUCUUCCCCACAGAAGAAGAAGCAGCUCCACCACUGCCUGCCAGCAGCAUCAUCCACCAUAUCCAGGAAAAUGGAGUCUCCACUGCUGGCAAAGCCGCCCCACCAACACUGGAUAAGCCUAAACGUGGUGCAGCAGCUCGAGGAAUAGAAGAUGUACGACCAAGUGUAGAGAGCCUUCUGGAUGAGCUGGAAAGCUCAGUGCCCUCACCCAUUCCCACACCUUUGGUGGUGUCAGAUGAACAAACAGAUGGACAAGAGGAAACACUAUCACAACAACAAGCCAGAAUGUCUGCUUCCUCUGCCACCAGAGAGCUGGAUGAGCUAAUGGCCUCCCUGUCUGACUUCAAAAUCCAGAGCAAUUCUGGCUCUCAGCUGUCUGUGAAUCAAGAUGCAGUAGACCCUUUAUUUGUUGCUGGUUCACCACUUGUCCAAGCAGUAGCCGAACCAUCUGUAACUCCUCAUAUUGGUUCAGUGGAUACUCUACCACCCUCAAGUUGCACUACUCCCUCCUGUACACCUCUACCACUGGAACUCCACAUUGAUGAAGAUGGUUGUUCAGCCCCCGCAUCGUCACGUAGUUCCACUGUAGUAAUUACAUCAUCAAAGAGCCUUCAGUACUCCCACGUCCAACAGAAGGAUGAUGGUGACACUGUCACUUCUGAGAUCUCACAUGUGGAGAAGGUUACUGUCUCCAGUCCUGUAAAACAUCCUAGUCAUACUGAAGCCAACAGCCCAACACACAUGUCAACUAAUAAAGUGUCUACUAGUGUAGUCUUAAGUCCACUGGGAAAGAGUUUAAGUCCAGUAACUGUUGGCAGAACAUCUAGUCCAGAUCCCGCUGCCAGGAGCUCCAGUCCAGCAGUUGUUUCCAAGAGUCCAGUUACUGUGUCUAAAAACCCCAGUCCCAUUCUUAGAGCUAAGACUCCCAGUUCUCCUGACAUUAAACCUAAAAGCUCGAUCCCUAAAAGUCUCAGUCCUGCUCCCAUAAGUCAUAGUCCACAUGGAUCUACAAAGAGCAAUAGUCCAGUGACGGUGCCAACCACUACAGAAGCAGUGCCAAAGACCGCUAGUCCUGUAACAGUUCUGAGGCUUUCAAGCCCAGUUCCAAAAAGUGCAAGUCCUGUGACAGUCCCCAUUAUCUCUAGUCCGUUAACUGUCCCAAAGAGUGCUAGUCCAGAAAGAGUUCCAAAGUGUGCUAGUCCAGUGACGAUUCCAGUACUUUCAAGUCCACUUCCAAAGAUUGCAAGUCCUGUAACAGUUCCUAGCAUCUCUAGCUCUCCAGUACCUAAAAGCUCUAGUCCUGAAGCAAUGCCAAAUAAUACAACCCCAAUAAUACUUCCUCGGCUUUCAAGUCCAGUAACAGUUUCAAAAAGUGAAACUGCAGUUUCCAAGAGUCCUGCUUCUGUCAUUAAAAAGACAUACACAGUUCCAGGCACCUGUAGUCCCAGAGCUUCUCCAGUUUCACUUCCUGCCAUCCAAUCAAGUAGUCUGUAUGCCACUCCUACCGAUAAUCAGGGAGCCGAAGUAUUGGAUUUGACAUGGCCUUGCCGGGAGCCUUUAAUGGAUGAUGCUUUAGACAAAGUCUUAGCCCCCGACUCCACUCGACCGAGUGAGAACCAGCCGCCAGCUUCGGUUACACCUGGAGAUGAGGACAGAUCUUGGGAGGAGGAAGAUGGAAUUUACCCUGAUCUCAGCCGAGAGGGAACCCUGACACCCAUGACAGAGUCCAGCUGGAUCGACGAGUGCUUCACCCCCUCUACCUGCCCUGGGACACCAGAUGCAACACUGGACCUGCCUCUACAGCAGCCCUCUGCUGUUGAGCGACUAUCUGCUUCUGGUCAACUCAAGUCGGUUAUCCGCCGCACCAAAGAGACUUCCAAUGUGCAUCCGAUGUUUAGGGAGGGAUUGUUGAGACGUAAAAUGGGACCAAUCAUUGUGAAUAAAAGCAACUCACAAGAUCGACUUAUUGAAGAGCUGCAGGGAAAACUGGGGAUUGGACGAGUGGAGCGCAGGCGUAAACAACAGCCAGAUGAUUGGAUGACAGAGGGAGUCAUCGUUAUGUCCAACCCUCAGCGAACACGGGAAGAAGGGAUUCAGCCAUCUGUGGAUAAGAUCAUCAUACCCCCUGAAUCUCCUGUCCCACAGAGAAAAGUCCUCCCCCCUCCCCAGUCUCCCCCAGCACCCAAAAAGCUACCCCUGGUCAAGCAGACUCCUCCGCCACUACCUCCUCCCCCUCCGACUCCCCCUCCACCUCGAGAACCUACCCCUCCACCCCCAAAGGAGCCUACUCCUCCUCCUCCCAGGGAGCCCACACCGCCCCCUGUCCAGCCCCCUCCAUCGCCUAGCCCCCCACCCAAGCCCGUCACGCCUCCCCUGCCUCCCAAGGUCUUUGUAUCAGUGGGUUGUCAGACAGACUAUGACCCCAUCUUCCCACCGAUGCAGAUCCAGUCGCAGGGAAAGACUUCUCCCACUGCUCCCCCUAAACCAGCCAACAAGCUAGACAACAUGCUCGGAAGCCUGCAGUCCGACCUCAACAGACUCGGAGUCCAGACGGUGGCUAAAGGUGUCUGUGGUGCCUGCAAGAAACCGAUUGCUGGACAGGUGGUGACAGCCAUGGGCAGAACGUGGCAUCCUGAGCACUUUGUGUGCACCCACUGUCAGGAGGAGAUCGGCUCCAGGAACUUCUUUGAGCGUGAGGGGCAGCCUUACUGUGAGAAAGACUACCACAGCCUGUUUUCCCCGAGAUGCCACUACUGUAAUGGACCCAUACUGGAUAAAGUAGUGACAGCUUUGGACAAGACUUGGCAUCCGGAGCAUUUCUUCUGUGCCCAGUGUGGAGCCUUUUUUGGACCAGAAGGUUUCCAUGAGAAGGAUGGAAAGGCUUUCUGCAGGAAGGACUACUUUGAUAUGUUUGCCCCUAAAUGUGGUGGUUGUGCCCGUGCCAUCCUCGAGAAUUACAUCUCUGCCCUCAAUUCACUCUGGCACCCUGAAUGCUUUGUGUGCAGGGAGUGCUUCACGCCGUUCAUCAAUGGCAGCUUCUUUGACCACGACGGCCAGCCCUACUGUGAGGCGCACUACCACGAGCGGCGCGGCUCGCUGUGCUCCGGCUGCCAGAAACCAAUCACUGGCCGCUGUAUCACUGCCAUGGGCAAGAAGUUCCACCCAGAGCACUUUGUGUGUGCUUUCUGCCUCAAGCAGCUCAACAAGGGCACCUUCAAAGAGCAGAACGACAAGCCCUACUGCCACGGCUGCUUUGUUAAGCUCUUCAGUUAGACUGCAUGUCUGUGUGCCAAUAUGUGUCUACAUACAUCUACACAUUGAUUUAAAUGUCUAAAUGCAUACGUGGAUGUAUGUGCCCUUACAUGUCUAUGUGAAUCGGUGGUUUUUCAGACAGAGGGCGUCUUUUCGAUCGCAUCAGAAAAAGGGUGAGAGAGGUCUCUGAUUAUUAACUCUUGACACUGAAGGGACUUCCCAACCUCUCAGGCUUGGCAUUUCACACUUUUACUAAAGACAUUUUUUUAACAGAGCCCAAAGAGAUUUUUAUUUAGAGUUUUAUUCCUGCGUGCAACAGGAACAGGAAAGAGAAAAUGCUACUUUGCCCUUGUGUGUGUGUACAUAACAAAGCAUAUGAGAAUCAAGUUAAGAGCCCUGAUUUGUAUAUUGUUUUAUUCCCCCAUUGCAGGGCAAGACCUUGCUUCAUAUGGUGAUGAGCCUAUGUUGACAUAGUUUUAUGCAAAUAUGAGACAGUUGCUUGAUUGCAUGGACCAUGGAGAGUUGACUUUUGAAGUAUGUUGAGUGUUGAAUACUCAGUGCUUGGCCAAUGAGUGUUGAAAAAAAGAUGUAUUUUUCUAGCUUUGGAAACUAUUGAGGUGCCAUUGAAAAUAACCAUGGAAAUGCUCCAUACGUACACAUUGAACCCUUCCUUCACUUCUACUAGUUCAACCUCUUUGCACACUGACAACAAAUCUCUUGAUGAGACCAUCUUAAGGUGCAUUUAUAAGUUAGUGUCAUCAAGAUAUUAAUUCUUAUUUUUCUACGGUUUUCCUAUAAAAAUUAACUCGGAUGUUUUCUCCGUUUCAGCUCACGUUUCAUUCACAUUUGUAUCUCAAUUACUUCCCACUGAAAGUGAAAUCAAAUCAAAAUCUUUUUACCUGUUGUAACUGUUUUUACUUCACUACUGCGACUUAAAUGUGUCAUUUACAUUAAUAAUGUUCAAAUAUAAUGAAACUGCUGCAACUAAUUCUAUCAAAAUGUAGGUCAAUAAGAAUAAUUAAUGUGCUAUUGUUAGAAAUGUUUUCAACCUUUGGUGCAAUUUAUGAGAAAAACAAGCCAAAACAAAGGUGUUUGUCUUUACUCUAAUUUUAAAGUGGAGAUUUUACUGCUGUAUCUACCCACAGUUAUCACACAGAAUAAGUUGAAAGUAAUUUUAUUCAGAAAAAAAUAUGCUUCAUUUCAACAUUCUUUCAAUUUUACUGUUGCUACUUAUAUACAUUUAUCACUGUAUUCAAUCUAUUAAUGAGGCUGCUUAAAGAUAUAAAAUGUGUUUAUGCUUUUCAAAGCAUGCCAAUUUCUUUUACGUGGAGUUUUAUCAGCACCAGCUGCCAUUUGCUGUUACAAUCAAAAUCUAAAUUUGUAUACCUGUAAUACACUCAACUUUGUGACAGAACUGUGUUUUGUCACUGUUUUGAUGAAAAUAUAUAUAUUUUUGAGCUGUACACUGAUAUGCAAAGAGCUGGCUCUAUUGGCAUGUAGCCUAACAGUAGUUUACCCUGGUCUCAUUCCUACACACACACACACACACACACACACACACACACGUACCAGCUUAGAUUCCAGUGUGUCAGAUGUUCAAGGAAACGCAGUCUUCGAUAUGUUUUUACUAUGAAUCAUGAGCUGUGAUCCUGCUGUCUGAAUGGUGUCAGUGCAAAGCUCACUGACGGAAGCUGGAUGUUAGCGUUAGCUGGUCAGGAAUCAGAAUACGACACCAAGCCAGGGCCAAGCCUUUAGCAAAAUAUAUCAAUAACUCAUCUUACUUUGACUUGUAGCUGUUUUUGCCUUAUAUGAUACAUUGCGUGGGUUUGUUUGUUUUUGGAACGAUACUGCUUGUCUUUAAUUUUGAUCCCUGUGUGUGCAAGGAGUUAAUACACAAUAUCCACCUUCAGAUUGUUUUGAAUUUGAGAAGAUAUUCCUUGUGUUCUUGUGCCAAAUGUGUCAAUGCAAUAAGGUCUUAUACACUGUGGAGCUCUCAGCCUUUCCUGUUAUUUGACUCUUUUCAGGCUGAGCUCUGGGAGAGGCUUCAUCUGCUGUGGUGCAUCUUAACUCCAAACUAUACACUGUAAUAGACAAGCCAAUGAGAAACCCGCUGUACUGAGUCAUUCAGCAGACAGUGUAGUGUUCACUUGUAGCGUAUUCAGAUUUAAUGGCAUGUAGCAGGGGGAAUGUGGGUGUUGGAAAAGACUUCAGCAUUUGCUUCAUCGGUUCAACUGUGCGCCUGUGGAAAAAAUAAACAGGAAUUAAGUUCAUUUUGAUCAUGUAUAUUUAUCUUCUUACUGCCUUAUAGUUUCUGCUUCUGUCAAAGAAUUCAUGAAAAAAAAUCACAGCCUUUUACAGUUAAUGUGAUUAAGUGAACUUUGUAAAUGGAGACAUAUUCAUGUGAUCUUUUCCUAUUUGAAUUUACCCAUGAGCCAUAACUUUUUCUGGCUCUAAGUGUGGAUGAGGUGUAAGCCUAUGUGGCUGAUGAUUACACACUGAUGAAUAUAACUUCUGCAAAUAAAAUAUAAAGUGUU